CCCUGGGCAUGAGAGACUGGAAGCCGCCGGCUAAUCUACGCAAACUUCAGAGUUUUCUGGGGUUUGUUAAUUACGUCCACCAUUUCAUUCCGAACAUGGCGGGGGUAAAUUCCCCUCUCACGGAUCUACUGAAGAAAGGCACGUUUUAUGAGUGGGGGGGAGAGCAGCAGGCUGCGUUCAAACAGCUCAAACUUUUCCUGACUACACCUCCGGUUCUUCGGAUUGCAGAUCCUCACCGUCCGUUCGAGCUCAUCACCGACGUUAGCGAUCUGGCCGUUAGCGCACUACUGUUACAAGACUUCGGCGAAGGUCUCCAACCCAUCGCCUAUGACUCACAAAAGCUGAACCCGACCGAGCGAAAUUAUCCUGUCCAUUACAAGGAGUUACUCGCCAUCGUUCACGCUUUCAAAGUCUGGCGCUGCUACCUGACGGGCACUGAAGUAACAGUCCGAACAGACCACAAGUCGCUACAGUUCAUUCGCGCCCCAGAACGGACACUGAAUCCCCGACAGAUUCGCUGGCUCGACUACCUUGAGUCCAAUUUCCACUACAGAGUCACCUACAAAGGAGGGGUUAGCAACAUCGCCGACGCACUGACUCACCCCUCGGUCCACACCAGGCGCACGACGUUAAGGUUCAUGACGAUCUUCAUCGUAGUGGAUAAGUUCUCUAGAGUAGCACACUUCAUCCCCACGCAUGACAUGGUUACAGCAGAGGAAGUCGCGAUGAUGUUCGUAGAUAACGUAGUCCGAUUGCACGGAGUUCCAGAUUCCAUCAUCUCAGACCGCGAUCCUCGUUUCACCUCUAAGGUUUGGAAGCAGCUCUUCGCUCUCCUUGGGACUCUGUUAGCUAUGUCAUCAGCUUACCACCCAGAGACAGAUGGACAGACAGAGCGUGUCAGCCAGACCUUGGAGCAGAUCCUUCGCAUCAUCACUAUGCAUGAUGCAGCAGCUUGGGACAAGAAGCUGAGCAUGGCUGAGUUCGCCUACAACAACACGCAUCACUCGUUCACAGGCACGUCACCAUUCUUCGCACUGUACGGUCAGCAUCCCAAUGUUCCCACUCGUAUUUUCCUGGACGAUUUGCCAAGUGGACUGCCACCCGAACGACCCCAGGACCACAAAAUCGAGCUGGAGCCCGGUGCGCAGCUUACUAUACGAACCCAAUGGCGCCUGACUCAGCCGGAGCUACACGAAUUACGAAACCAGCUGGACUACUUGGUGGCAAAAGGGUUUAUUCGGCCGAGCACGUCCCCGUUCGCAGCACCGAUCCUGUUCACACCAAAAAAGGACGGCGGACUUCGCAUGUGUACGGAUUAUCGCGCCCUUAAUCGGGUAACGAUAAAAUCGCGCUACCCAAUCCAACGCACGGACGAGCUGAUUGACAACCUUCGCGGAGCUCGCUACUUUUCGAAGGUCGACCUUCGAGGGGGUUACCAUCAAAUUCGGGUGUUCGCUGACGACUGCCACAAGACCGCGUUUCGUACUCGCUACGGGAGUUACGAAUACACGGUAAUGCCGUUUGGAUUAACGAACGCCCCCUCGACGUUCCAGCUCACAAUGAACGGGGGUGUUUCGCGAUCUACUCGACAAAUGUGUGAUAAUUUACCUGGACGACAUCCUGAUCUACAGCACGACCCGGGAGCAACAUUUGAAAUACCUGGAAGCUGUUUUUCAGCGGCUGCAUUUUUAAAACAAGAACUGGAGUUCCUGGGGCACGUGAUCUCCACGGAGGGGAUUCAAAUAGGCCCGAGAAAACUCAGGGCUAUUCAGGAAUGGAAACCACCAACAAACCUGCAACAGCUGCAAUCUUUUCUGGGUUUUGUAAAUUACGUGCGGCAGUUUAUACCCAACAUGGCAGGGUUAACUGGACCUCUAACCGGCCUACUGCAGAAGGGGACUUUUUACGAAUGGGGGGAGAGGCAGCAAGCUGCGUUCGAGGCAUUAAAAAAUCUUUUAAUGUCGCCACCGGUACUUCGCAUCGCUGACCCGGAACGGCCCUUCGAAGUCAUCACCGACGCAAGUGACGUCGCCAUCGGAGCUGUGCUCAUGCAAGAUUUCGGCAAUGGUCUUCAACCAAUCGCGUACAAGUCUCUCAAAAUGCAAUCUGCCGAGCGCAACUACCCGGUACACGACAAGGAGAUGCUGGCGAUUGUCCACGCGUUCAAAAUCUGGAGGUGCUACCUGACUGGAGCAGACGUGACGGUGCGAACCGAUCAUAAAUCUCUACAGUACCUGAGAGCGCAGCCGAAUCUCAACCCGCGGCAGAUACACUCGCUGGACUAUCUGGAAUCCAACUUCACGUACAAGAUCACGUACAAAAAGGGUGCCAACAAUAUUGCAGACGCCCUUUCCAGACCGUCUGCCCAACUAGCAGCAGUACUAGUCGCCCAGAGCAACCCGCUACUUAGUGGACUAUUUACCCACGGGUAUUCGACGGACCCUUUCUUCACGACGAUUUUCCAUGAACCCGCCGCAUGCGCUGCGAUGGAAUGCAACAAACUCCAAGUGAUGGCGAACGGGAAUCCCACGCAACCGACUUUUGACGAGCCGCGCAGGCGCGCUGCGCGUUCGCAAUCAUUAGGGUGCGCAAUGACGGAGCGCGCAGCGGGGGAGCAGUCCCCAACUAGAAGCCAAUCCCCGCCGCAUUCUAGAACGUGUCAUCGCUCCGUCUCCGCCUCUUCCCGUAACUUUCCCUCAGUCCGAAUCGUUAUUCCCACCGACGACGACCACGACGACGAUCCAUGCGACACCGCGUAUGGCCAAGUGCGGCAUGAGCCCGCGCCUUACUCCCUCCCGCCGCUCUCUCACCCCGUGCCACGUGGCACCUCGGAGGAGGUCGACCGUCUAUGGGAGGUCCACGUGUCGCCGUCCGAGCCGAAACCGCGUCCGCAAAAAGCGCGUCCGCCGAAGCAGUCUCCGCUGGGUUCCGCCAGCGGCUUUGCGCGCAUGCUGCUGCAAUGGGCACCUUCAUCGGCGCGCAGCAGCCGCCGCAAGAAGCGCGCCGACUCUGUUUCCGCCUCCGGGGCGCCCCGGCGGCCUCAAAGCGCUGCCCAAUCGCAGAGCCAGCGAGUAGCUGACGUCAGCCCGGCGCUCCAGCGUGACACGUCAGCGAGCCCGAGAUCCGCGCAGAUAGAAAACUUGCGGGAACCUUACUCUCGUCCGGAAGCUGCGGGGGCGGAGGGGUCGCGGGGGUAUUCCGCCCGUCCGCGCACGGCGCCAGUCGGAAUCUUCGGGCGGUGGCGCUCCGCUGCACCACUUUCCCGCCCAAAAUCUCCGCUGUUUGGCCUGACGAAUAUGGCGCGACGAGGCGUGAGCGUGCUGCCCGAGGGGGAAGAGCUCCGCGAAUCGUACGAUACAGGGGCAUUGGCGGACGCGGAUAGCGAACUAGCUUAUAACGGAGAUAGGAUCCGCUCGAUUUUUUCUCCCUGGUUUAGCGGAGGCACGCCUGGUGAUAGGCCUAGCAUAGCUGGCGCGGCUGGGAGUGUAGUUAGCAGCAGCACUGCGGCUUAUACCGAAGUUGCUUAUAGCGAGUCGCUGAUCAUCCAGCACACCGAUGACACGGACUGCGAGAGUGUGACGUCAGCGUCUAGCGGCAGCGGUUCGGAGACGGGAGGCGAGGAGGCGGGCGGCAUGCGACGUGUGGGUAGCGAAGCGAUGUUACCACCUGUAACAGGUGUGACGGGUGCAGCCAGGUCAGGCCUCCUUACUCCCUCGGCGCAUAGCCCUACGGCCCCCAGUGGUCUGCCCCCGCCAUCCCCGCGGUCGGCUGGUGGUAACGCGUGGGUGGUGAGUGUGCCGUCUUUCGCCCAGCACCGCCUGCGAGUGGCGUCUGCCGAGCGAAUUGCAAGGGGAGGGCGGGAGGGGAGGGGGUUUGAGCAGCAACCGCAGGAGUACCAGCAGCAGCAGCAGCAGCAGCUGAUGCCACAGAGGGCGCACAGGCGCACGCGCAGCCUGCAUUCGGCGGAGCUGGAGUCGAUGCGGCUGGAGAAGAUCGGCGAGUUCAGCGUCCCCUCCUUCCAACACUCGCCCUCCACCCUCCGCCCAACCCUCCACUCGCCCUCCUUUCAGUCACACUCGCUUCGACCAUGCCCGCUGCGCCCCCGCUCGCCCGGCUUGCCCCCUCUCUCGCCCAAAGUGGCUGCUGGGCCUUCGUCCGUACUGCACCCAUCGGUACAGUCACAUUCUCCAAUGUCACGAGGUCUAUGUUCCCCUUCCCCUUCCCCUUCCCCUUCCACUCCAAAUCUGCCUCAUCGGCUAUCCUUCGCCGCCGCUUCCCCUAAAUUGCUCUCCCCUUCUGCCUCUCGACCUGGUAGGGCGACUGGGCGUGAGUUUGAGGCGCCGCUGGUACAGGGACACUCGCUUAGUGCACUUGCAGUAGCGACGGCGUCCGGGAUUAAAGCGAAUCCUGCAGUAGGGGGUACAUCCACAGUUACCAGCACCCCCAGGCGGAUAUUUAGACGGUGUAGAUCCCUGAGUGUGGGGAACGCUGUUGGAGGAAGCGAGUGUGACUACAGCGAAGCUUCAGGUUACAGUCACGGCGAGGUGGUUAGGCAGCAAUACUCCAGCGAGGGUGAUGGUGGUCUAGGGUUCCAUGAGUCAUUCUCAGGACCGAUUCUCCUCCACUAUACUGGUUCUCAGGCCGUUGAACUUGUGGUGCCUCCAGUGUCAGUGGGAGCAGCAAAUUUGCCAAGAGCACCACUGUUGCCUUUACCGCUGUCCGCAGCAGCAGCAGCGAGUUUCCCACAGGCGGCAACCGCGCCUAGUGUUGCAGCUGCAACACCAGCAACGGCUGUACCAGCAGUGUCAUCCUUGGUUGUAGCAUCACCACCAGUUAUGGCGUCAGCAGCACGGGUUGUUGUAGCCGUGGGGCCCGCAGCUAUAGCUGCAGCUAUGCAUGUGGCGCCGGGCGGUUGGGUGGAGGAUUCAUACUGCCUGCUGAAGGACGAGGAUGGGGCUGAGGUCUCCUGUGACUGUUAUGGACGAGACUGUAAUGGGAGUGACUGUGUUGGGAGUGACAGUAGGGGCAGUGACUGUAAGGGCGGUGAUUUUAAGGGUAGUGACACUAACGCUGCACAGGUGGAGCAUGAGCAUGACCCUUAUUGGCUGUGGCAGCAGCAACAUAUUCCGUUGUAGAGAGAGCAGUGCUGGGGUGUUACAGCAUCAGUCGUCAGCAAUCAGAGCAGCUAUUCUGGGUUUGCUAGGACGAGGCAUGUUCAUUGGUUCGAUGCAGUUGCUAUUGCUGAGAUUAAAAUUGGCAAUUAGGACAUUUUAGGGAUAAGGCGAUUCGCACUGGUUUAGAGACUUCCUUUGAGGG